ACAGGUGACCUGUGCGUGCGCAGGGAGGGCUCCCCUCUCCAGCAGGAGCUGGAAGAGCAGAGCCACGAGCCUGUUCGUGCCGUCGGGAGGAGAAAAACCUUAGGAAAUUACCAGUUUCCAGAAAGGCCUGGUAUAAUGUAACAUUGUUUAGUUGCACCACACGACUUGCCAAAGGAGCCUGUGUGACAGAUUUUGAUCCAAGAUUUUUUUAAAGUGUAAUAAAUUGGCCAGAUCUCUCACCUCUAAGAUAACACAAAGGAGACAUUGAUGAAAAUGGAUUAGUUAUCCCAGCUAGCUGUUGUUCGGCCUUUAUUACCAGUUCCAUUUGAAAUUACAUCAUUAGUCACGUGCAGAUGGGCAAGGAGUUGGGAGUUUGGGACUACUGGCAUGCUGCUGCCAGUCAUGAUUACCUCAGGCACUGUCCUGCCAAGGAGCCCCAGUCCAAGCAGCACAAGCUGCAGAGCAGAGACCAUGCACCGAGUUUUAAUGUUAAAUGUUCUGCACUUUAUCCCAUCAUUCCCAUGAAGACAGCAGUCUUUGGCAAAGUAUGAGUGUUUAUUUGAGGUAGCAGGUUACUCGUGAGCCAUGGGUCAAGCCUGCAACUCUGUGUCUUGAUCUUUGGUUCUUGUUUGUGUUUGCGGUAACAUUUUUUUCUCCUGCAAAACUGGCAUCUGGCUAACCUGAGGGUUAUGUGACAAUUUGUGCUAAGUAGCCCUGAGAGGGAAGGACAGAGGAAUGGAUGGAGAGAGGAGUUUUGGGGAUCUUGUGCUCCUAAAAAGUGUAGAAUUGUAAUAAGCGGGAGAAGGAGUAACUGGAAAACUCACUGUGUAUUUCAUUGUGACCAAAUGGACUACACUUUCAACAUAUUUUUUGCUUCUUCUGCUUGUAAAGAAAAAAAUGUUUUAGACAACAAGAAGUAACAGACACUUUUGAAAGCAGAAGGAAACUAUUACAGAGAAAAAACAGUAGCUAGUACAUGUAUUCACUAGAAAAUAAAUAACAGGAGAGGCAACAGAAAUACAGUAAUAUCAGAAUAAAGCAGGAAGUGCAAUUACCCUAUGUGAAAACAAUAAAAAUAUUAAAGAAGGUAGAGAAAGGGAGACAUAAACACAUUAUUUAAAAAUACUGAUCAUUGCAUUUAAGUGAGUGUAAUGGUUGAGGUACUCCUAUAUAUAAUUUUGAAUAGUCCAGCUUCUUGAGAUUGGUGAUAAGCUGCUGAUACAGAUGUAGUGUAGGAUGGUGGAAGGGAGUAGCGGUGCCAGGCAUUGUAGUUGCAUAAUGAGAGAUCCUCUGACAAGACUAUUACUUUGAUAAGUAUGGUUGCAGAGUUGCUGUGUGCAUAAAAAAAAAAAGUAGACAAAGCUGCUUUACAUUUUUCUCUCAGCAUCAACAUAUUGAAGGGUAAUAGUGGUGGUGGUUAUGGAUGUGACUGCAAUUCUACUCCCUUUCUGCUCUCUGAGUCCGGAGAUGCUUCUGGGUGAUUUUGGCUGAAAUGUUCUAUCCCUACAGCACAGGACCUGGCAGCACAGUCCUGUGUAUGCUAAUUGCUUUUCCCAUGUCAUUUAACGCAAUUUCUUACAAAUCCAAUACGUAAAUUACAUAAGGGGAUAUAGAUCAAUAGGCCUUACUGAAUGGUAUGCAUCCAUCACCAUUAUAAAAGUGGGCAGACUAGCAGGGAUGCUAUGAAUGUUGGAGGCCGUUUCUACCCUUCUUAAUGCAGAACAAAUAUACUGAGUUGGAUAGAAAGGACUGGCCCAGACCUUUCAUUAUAUGUCUGAAAAGCCCAUAGCUGAUGGUUAGAAAGAAAUUUCCUCCUGCAGAGUGUCCUCUUAAAGCUUCUGUCAGUCUGCUGCCUUGAACUGAGGUUCCGUUGUUUUUUGAGUGUUGAACGGUUCUCAUGGUUUUAGCAGAGCUACCUAAAAAGCAAAAAUGUCAUUACUACAUUUUUGUGUCUUGAUAUCUGAUCUAAAUUUCCCUCAUCUGUGAGAGUUGGAAAAUUUUUCAAAUGAUCAUUACUUCUGAAAGAUAAAUAUCAGUGCUUAAAGUGGGAGAUAGUGGAUGUCAUGGCAGACUGAAAAAUGAGGGCCUUUGAGACCUAGUGGUUGUCAGCAUGAAUCUUAGGGCAAGUUUUGUACAAGUGCAGUGGUAGUUAGAGAAUAACUUUUGAACUACUUAGCUGGAAACAGGUCAGUCCUCUGGAAUUCAUGCACACUCAACUGGCAGUUGGGGAAUUGCAUCAGAAAACAGGCGAUGACAAACGUUGUCUUCAUGGAAGUCACAGCACCUGUAAUUGUCCAAAAGACAGUUGAUGCAUCUUUUUACCCAAGUGUGGUGCUUAUAGGAGAAUGAAACCAUAAAAGAGGAGGAAAAAAAGGAUCUUUCAAAAACCAAGCUGAGAAAAUAAAAUUAGGCCUGAACACUGCCAUCCUUGCUAAAAAUUAUGAUUUUUUUUUUAUUUGUGAUAUUCUGUUCUUUUCCUCUUCUUACCCGUUUUGCAUACAUCCUUCUGGUCCUAAAUCUGUUUUGAUCUGCUUGUCUGCCUGCACAGGCUUUCAACAUACCCUGAAGACAUUUCACUUCUGUCUGCUACAGUGAGAACCCUUCCUGGAAACAUUUGCAUUGCUGGAAGGCAAAAGGAAGCAUCAACUUUAUAUGGCUCAUGCCUGACAACAUGCACCACCAGUGGCUGCUGCUAGCUGCAUGCUUUUGGGUGAUAUUCAUGUUCAUGGUUGCUAGCAAGUUUAUCACGUUGACUUUUAAAGACCCAGAUGGCUACGGUGUCAGGCAAGAGUCAUUGAUACUGACAGCUGUGACAAAAGUGGAGGAGGUACAUGUGCCGGAGGAAAAACAUUGGCCUGAAGAAUUCCAGCCAACUGGAAAAGCUUUUUCUGGAAAUCUGAUCCGCCAGCCCCUGGUUCAUAUGGAAAGACUUGAGCUUCUCAGGAACAUCUGCAGAGACACUGCAUUGAGAGAUCUUUCUCACACUGCAGUUUCCAAAUUCGUCUUGGACCGAAUAUUUGUGUGUGACAAGCACAAGAUCCUGUUUUGUCAGACGCCAAAAGUGGGCAACACUCAGUGGAAAAAAGUCUUGAUUGUUUUAAAUGGGGCAUUUUCUUCCAUAGAAGAGAUCCCAGAAAAUAUUGUACAUGAUCAUGAGAAGAAUGGCCUUCCACGUUUGUCCUCUUUCAGUGACUCUGAAAUUAAAAAACGACUGAAUUUAUACUUCAAGUUUUUUAUUGUUAGAGAUCCAUUUGAAAGACUUAUUUCUGCAUUUAAAGACAAGUUUGUGCACAAUCCUCGGUUUGAACCUUGGUACCGGCAUGAAAUUGCUCCCGGCAUCAUUCGUAAAUACAGAAAGAACCGCACAGAGACCAAAGGGCUGCAGUUUGAGGAUUUUGUGCGCUACCUCGGUGAUCCCAAUCACCGAUGGUUGGAUGUGCAGUUUGGUGACCACAUCAUUCACUGGGUAACAUAUGUGGAACUUUGCGCUCCCUGUGAAAUCACAUACAGUGUGAUUGGACACCAUGAAACCCUGGAGGACGAUGCUCCGUAUAUCUUGAAAGCAGCCGGCAUAGACCACCUGGUAUCAUACCCCACCAUUCCACCCGGCAUAACAGUGUACAACAGAACAAAAGUAGAGCGGUAUUUUUCAGGAAUUAGCAAGAGAGACAUAAGACGCCUCUAUGCACGAUUUGAAGGUGAUUUUAAACUCUUUGGUUAUCGGGAGCCAGAUUUCUUGCUGAACUGACACCUGGGAUAAGCGCUGAAGAAGUGUCUCGUGGAUUCAUCUAAACCUGCGUGAAUACCAGCUGCAGUGUUGACAGAGAAUGACCAUUUGUUUUCUAGCUUUUUGAUGUUGCUCCAUUUUUCAGUGAAAUAUUUGUCAUAUGAACAAGUAGGGGCUUACAGUUGUUGUUUACCGACCAUGUUUUCAGUAUAUGACAUUGCAAUAUGUUAGGAAUGGUGUCUCUGUUACCUGAAAUACAGAAUUUCACUUUGCCCUUCUCCCCUCCAGGAAAAAAAGAGGGAGAAUAAAUGGGCUGUGAUCUUGCUCUCCUUCUCCCAGACAGAAUGCCAUUUUUGAAAUGUUGUGAAGUAUUUAUAAAGAUGGCAGUUUCGCUGUAGGUUAACUCUGACAUGUGGGUAAACAUAAUGAUUCAUGCUCAUGAGGAAGUAGUGUAGUCUCCCAUGAGCUUUGUAAAUGAGAGGCCAGUAUAGGACUAAAAAUUGACAAAAUUGUCUAGGUUCUGUCAUGUGGCUGCUAUAACUGUAAUGCUGAUCUAAUCCCACUCUUGUUUGUCAAAAAAUGAACCUAAUUAGACAGACGCUUUAGAGGUGUUAAAAAUGGGACUGGUUCCAGACCCCAGUUGUCUCCGUAUUUUUGUCAAGUGUUUACUGUACUUACUACUGAUCUAUUGAGCCUCAUAAUUCUGCUUUUGAUUUUCAAGAUAUUAUUUAAUUUCUGGCUGUGUAAGUUAUCUGAGAAUACCAGAUGCAAAUGGAACAUAGAGGAAAUAUGAAACUGCAAGGGAAACUUCAAGGAAAAAUAAAGUAUCCACUGUAUUUGUGGGAGCACAUAUAGUAAUCACGAGAUGCUCUCACACAAUAUAACUUGUUUUUAUUUCUAACAAUUAAGAUUAAUAAAGAAGUCACAAAAGCAAGAUGUCAUAUUGAAGAGCUGCUAGAGUUACUUGGAUUAACUAUCUACCUUUUUCUUAUAUCCAACCUUGCUCAAUGUUCAGUACCUCAGAGAAUAGAAAGUUUAUCCCUCUCUGAAAAUCCAUCUCCCUACUGCUAAGGGAGAAAAGAAGACAGGAUGAAUCACUGAUUUUUUUCAGUGAUUCACUGCCAUGAUGUCCCAACUCAAAAAUGCCCAACAUCUGUGUUACCAGUGGGGUGGGUUGGGUACUUGCCAGGAGUUUGAAUGUCACUUAAAUUUGUGUACCCAUUAUAUGUGUUAAAAAAAGCCCCAGAACUGAGUGGAUGCAGCCAUCAUAUUUGCCUGUGCUUGCAUUGUGUCUCAUAAAGAGCAGAUUCUUGUUUGAAUUCACCAGCAAGAAAAAUUGGUGUGCUGCCCCCUCAUCCUGCAGGCCAUGAGAGAGAGAGAGACCACGUAUCUGAAAUACAGGAAUUGCUCUGUCACAGUGAGCAUGCAAACUGUAUUUUUGAAAUCAUAGUCCCAAUAGAGUUAUUUGCAGAUGAGCAUAAUGUUGAUGGCUAGAAAUGCUAAUGAUGGCCAGUGCUAUGGAAUCUGCUUUUAUAUCCAGCCACAGUAUGUCUUUGAUAGCUUCCUGUAUUAACACAAGGAAACAUCUUGCACUUGUGUAAGAGGAAAGCUGUGCCAAGCUGACAUGUGCUGCUACCCAUAAAAAGGAAGCCCUGUUGGAGCUGGAAAUGAUUUAAGAAAGAUCUCAAAAGACAAAUUGAAAUAAGGGAGAAUCAUUAACUGGGCAUCAUCAGCAUGAGAAAAGUCCAGGGUGGCAAAGCUGGAAGGUAGGAUAUUUUUCGGGAGGGUUUUUUUUUAAAAAAAAAAAAAAGCAACAAUUACAGUGCCCUAACUUGUUAGUUCUUAACCAAUGAUAAAAAAGAUGUUAACAUCUCCAGGUUUUUCUGUGGUUUUCUUAAUAUGGGAAAUUAGCAAAAUGCACUGUUAAAUGCAUUUUGGAGCUAAUGACCUGACUGAUUACCUCGCUGCCAAUUUAAAAUGUAACAGUAAAUAAUGUAUAGUAAAUUCAGGCCUUAAAGUUUAAAUCUAAUAAAGAUAAAAUAGACUUGUU